UGUGGAGGGAUACCAGAUUUAGCAGGUGACAUUCAAACCCCCAUUAAACACAAAACAAGCAGUUCGAGAAAGCCCUAAAACCCUCGAGUUCCACUCUCUAGUCUCAACUCAAGUAACACCGAUUCUCUCUCUAGAAAUCGGAACGAAGUUUCUGUGUCUGUUGAAGCGUCCGGAAGAAGAUGUCGUUGAGAGUGCUAAACCCUAAUGCGGAAGUUCUGAACAAAUCGGCGGCUCUGCACAUGAACAUCAAUGCCGCCAAGGGCUUGCAGGACGUGCUUAAGACAAACCUCGGUCCGAAAGGAACUAUUAAGAUGCUUGUUGGUGGCGCGGGCGAUAUCAAGCUGACCAAAGAUGGCAACACUCUCUUGAAAGAAAUGCAAAUCCAAAACCCAACAGCAAUCAUGAUUGCGAGGACUGCUGUUGCACAAGAUGAAACGAGUGGAGAUGGGACAACUUCUACGGUGCUCUUCAUUGGUGAGCUUAUGAAGCAAUCAGAACGUUACAUCAAUGAAGGGAUGCACCCACGUGUUUUGGUUGAUGGCUUUGAGAUUGCUAAAAGAGCAACUCUCCAAUUUUUAGAAAAAUUUAAGACUCCAGUGGUGAUGGGUAAUGAGCCUGACAAGGAGAUCUUAAAAAUGGUAGCAAGAACAACCUUAAGAACAAAGCUGUAUGAAGCUCUGGCAGAUCAAUUGACUGACAUAGUUGUUAAUGCAGUCCUCUGCAUCCGAAAGCCUGAGGAAGCGAUUGAUCUAUUUAUGGUAGAGAUAAUGCACAUGCGCCAUAAAUUUGAUGUGGAUACACGCCUGGUUGAAGGUCUUGUCCUUGACCAUGGUUCUCGACAUCCUGAUAUGAAGAGAAGAGCCGAGAAUUGUUACAUCUUGACUUGCAAUGUAUCGUUGGAAUAUGAUAAAAGUGAAAUAAAUGCAGGAUUUUUCUACUCAAAUGCUGAGCAGAGAGAGGCUAUGGUUGCUGCUGAAAGGCGUCAAGUGGAUGAAAGAGUUAAAAAGAUCAUUGAACUGAAAAAUAAGGUUUGUUCGGGCAAUGAAAAUAAUUUUGUUGUCAUCAAUCAAAAGGGUAUCGAUCCCCCAUCACUUGACCUUCUGGCAAGGGCCGGGAUAAUUGCUCUCAGAAGAGCAAAGAGGAGGAAUAUGGAACGACUUGUUUUGGCUUGUGGAGGAGAAGCUGUUAAUUCUGUUGAUGAUUUAACCCCUGAGAGCCUUGGUUGGGCUGGACUGGUUUAUGAACACAUCCUUGGUGAAGAGAAGUAUACAUUUGUUGAACAAGUGAAGAAUCCUUAUUCUUGCACAAUCUUGAUAAAAGGACCGAAUGACCAUACAAUUGCCCAAAUAAAGGAUGCUGUCCGUGAUGGACUGAGGGCAGUGAAAAAUACAAUUGAAGAUGAGGCCAUUGUCCUGGGAGCGGGAGCUUUUGAAGUUGCAGCUCGGCAGUAUCUGGUUAAUGAAGUCAAGAAAACAGUUCAAGGGCGUGCCCAGCUAGGUGUUGAAGCUUUUGGCGAUGCUCUUCUUGUGGUGCCCAAGACACUUGCUGAGAAUUCUGGGCUCGACACUCAAGAUGUGAUUAUUGCUCUAACGGGAGAGCAUGACAAGGGUAACAUCGUGGGUUUAAACCAGCAUACGGGGGAACCUAUUGACCCUCAAAUGGAGGGUAUAUUUGACAAUUACUCUGUCAAACGUCAAAUUAUAAACUCAGGACCUGUAAUUGCAUCGCAGUUGCUACUUGUGGAUGAAGUGAUUCGGGCUGGGCGUAAUAUGAGGAAACCAAAUUAGUUUGUGUUUGUUCUGGAGAUUUCUUUGUGGGUUUGAUUAUCUAUUGGUGUGCCAGUGCCAGUGCCAGUGCCAGUGCCAGUGCCAGUGCCAGUGCCAGUGCCAGUGCCAGUGCCAGCCGUAAUUUAAUCAAUGGUUGUGGGUUAGAUUGUUCCUGUUUUGCUCUGAAUUGAGAAUGAACCAAGGCAUUACGUGUGUUACCUUUUUCUUUUGUCAACAGCAGUUUUUCACUUUUUUUUGUAGCAUUGCUCUAGUUUUGAAAAAUCCAAACAUCUUAAGUUAGGGAGGUUGGAAUUCAUCGGAUAAACGGACACUCCUUUGUUCCCGACUCGCCCUCCGGGGGAAGUUUAUGCAGAGACAUUAUUUUACAUAUACAAACAUGUUGCUUAAUGAUAAAGUUGUGGGAAAUUUUAUUUACAUCA